AAAAUGAAAUGAAUAUGGAAAAUUAAUCAAUAGAAAUUGGAAACCAGCACUGGGUUUGGCUGAGGGUAUAACGGGGGACCCUUGAGUUUAGAACCCGAAGGAAAGGUUGGGAGAUUAGUUUCCUCUUCUUGGAUGCUAUAUAAUAGACUUCUUCCCAUUCUAUUCCAAUUCCAUUGUCAUAGCAUUCAGAUCCCUCACCUUACCAACCUAAUUAUUUCUUCACUUCCUUUUUCCUUUCUUUUCUUCAUUUUCCCGCUGUUUUCUGUGGCAUUGUGGCAUUUGAAAUUCCCGGGGAAAACUUUGAUUUCCCUGAUUCCUAAAGCUGUAUUUGGUUCAAUUCGAUUGGUUAGUUGUGGUUGUGACGCAGCUGGAAAUGGCCGGUGAGUCGCAAAAUUGGGUGCUCAUGGUGACUGCACAGACACCCACUAACAUUGCUGUCAUCAAGUAUUGGGGGAAGAGGGACGAAACCCUAAUCUUACCCGUCAAUGAUAGUAUCAGUGUUACUCUUGAUCCUAGUCAUCUCUGCACUACCACCACUGUUGCUGUCAGUCCCAGCUUCCAGCAUGAUUGUAUGUGGCUUAACGGCAAGGAGAUUUCUCUUUCUGGGGGCAGGUUCCAAAAUUGUCUAAGGGAGAUCCGUGCUCGUGCUUGUGAUGUUGAGGAUAAGAAAAAGGGUAUUAAGAUCACAAAGGAGGAUUGGGGCAAAUUGCAUGUACACAUUGCUUCAUACAACAACUUCCCUACUGCAGCAGGGCUAGCUUCAUCAGCUGCGGGUUUUGCCUGCCUCGUUUAUGCCCUUGGGAAGCUCAUGAAUGUUAAAGAAGAUGAGAGCCAGCUAUCUGCUAUUGCAAGGCAAGGAUCAGGUAGUGCUUGCCGCAGCUUAUUUGGGGGAUUUGUGAAGUGGAUAAUGGGAAAAGAGGAUGAUGGAAGUGAUAGUUUUGCAGUUCAACUUGCUGAUGAAAAGCACUGGGAUGAUCUUGUUAUUGUCAUUGCUGUGGUUAGUUCACGGCAGAAGGAGACUAGUAGCACUGCAGGAAUGCGUGAGAGUGUUGAAACAAGUUUGCUAUUGCAACACAGGGCAAAGGAAGUUGUACCAAAGCGGAUACUGCAAAUGGAAGAAGCCAUAAAAUAUCGUGAUUUUGCAACUUUUUCACAACUGACCUGUGCUGAUAGCAACCAGUUUCAUGCAGUCUGCCUGGAUACACGUCCCCCCAUAUUUUACAUGAAUGAUACAUCCCACAAGAUAAUCAGCAUCGUCGAAAAGUGGAACCGUUCAGAGGAAGCUCCCCAGGUAGCUUAUACAUUUGAUGCGGGACCAAAUGCUGUUCUAAUUGCACGUAACAGGAAAGCUGCAACCCUUUUGAUUCAGAGGCUGCUUUACUACUUCCCUCCAAGUUCAGAUGACCUCAACAGUUACAUUAUUGGUGACAAGUCAAUUGCAAAAGAUGCUGGGAUCAUUGGAAUACAGGAUGUAGAAGCUUUGCCACCACCGCCAGAAACUAAAGAUAACAUUCCAUCACAAAAGUACAAAGGGGAUGUUAGUUACUUCAUCUGUACGAGACCUGGAAGGGGACCUGUUUUGCUUUCUGAUGAAAGUCAAGCUCUUCUUAACGGUGAAAAUGGGUUUCCAAAGUAAGUUUAUGUCUAUUCUUCAUCAGGCUUAACCAACAGGCUUUAUGAGCCCGAAAUAUUUUGACUGGAGGACCCUUUAAAGGAAGCCCGUGGUGCCAUUGGCAUGAUUAUUUGUUCAUUCCAAGUUCGCAGAUUGUGUUUUUCUUUUUUCCUUUUUUUAUGUAUCUGUAUUGUUUUCAAAUCUAGUUAGGCUAUUUUGUUGGAGAAAAAUAAGUUUCGUCCUUUUCUGUAGUGAGCAAAGCAACUUCAAUUCACUUGAGCUUGCAAGUUGAACUCGUCGGUUUCUUACAAGGACAAUUUCCAUACUUUGUUUUAU